AGAGGCUCGCUGUAAGCGAGGCGCUUUUCGGAGUCGAGGAGUUCGAACAUGCACGUACUCUUCUUCCGACGACACAAAUCACACGCCCGCAGCGUUUGGUGGCGCUUUUUGCGGCGAGCAGGCGCGGAAGAUCCCUCGGAGGGCUGCUCAGGAGGAAAGCUGUCGCGCACGCUCAUCGUGGAGUGAAUGGGAGGAGGUCAUCCCCACUCGUUCACUGUCGAUCCUUUAACAAAGGGCUGUGAUGCUCGUCAGAUUGGAAAUGGCCGGACGAAUGGAAUCUGAUCGUCCAGGUCGCGGAAAUGCCGACACAUCGACCGGCGCGUGGUUGCCCUCAGUGUCCCAGGGGGGUCCUUCCCUGGUGUUUCCCAGGGUCGCAUGUUCAGUCGUGAUCACCGUUUGUGAUCAACGGGGAGGGAGAUGCAACGGCGGGGCCCCCCGCCCUCCCCGGUCGUCUGAGGCGCGCGACGUGCCGCACUGCGACGGCGUGCCCGUGCCGUCGGGGGAGAUAACGCAUAGCCCCGCCAUUUGUAGGCCUCCCGCGUGCCCCGCCCGCCCAGCCUCCCCCGCCCCUCACGUUCGAAAAGUCCUGCCACAAAGGGGAAUAAACCCUGAUAGCUUCCGCUUCCGCGUGCGCGCCACGCGAAAAUCCCUCUCACUGAGCUGUGGCUGCUCCUCGGCGUCGACUGGGUCCUGCGGCGCACACACACGCUUCGAAACUGGUCCCCCAACUCGAGGCUCGGGGAUCGCGAAGGCGUGCGUCACUGUGGCUCUACCCGAGCUCGACGCUGACUUGCUACGCGCCAGCGGCCCGCCCAGGCGCGGGCACAUGGCUUCCUGAUCAAGAAUCAGCGGACCCUUCUGUGUGAGACCCCACCAAAGCUCCCGUGAGACAUGCGGCCCGCUUUCCAAGUCCGCUCUGU